AUGACAAGGAUAGGAGAAGACCAUAGAGUGAUGCAGUCUGAUAUGCGCAAGGGGUCACAGAGUUCCUUCUUUGAGGCUGAGAUAGAACAUAUCUUGAACGAGGAUGACGAAGUGACUAUGAUAACGACUGAGAAUGAGAGAGAAGAAUCCCUUAAUAAUAACAAUAAGGAUGAUGAUGAAGCAAAUGAAGAAGAUAAUGAGAAUGAUCAUGAUACUGAUGAUACAAAAUGUGAUUCUGAAACCAUGACUACAACUAGUAAUAAUGCUAUAAGUAAAGAUGGAUUGAAUUUUGGUGCCAAAAAAGAAAAUACUCCUGAUAAUACUAAUACUAGUUAUCUUAAUAAUAUCAAUGCUAACAUAUCAUCAUCUAGUGUCAUUGAAUCCUUGCACGAACAACUUGAUGUAUUAACAAAUACGAAUUUGAAAUUAACAGUUCAAUCACAUAAUCUACUCGAAGAUUUAGAACAUGCCCAAAAGAAAGAAAUUAAAUUAAAUGAAAAUAUUUCACUUUAUAAUCAUGAAUAUGAAAAUUUAAAUUUAAUGUUGCAAAGAAAAGUUAGAAAGAUUCAUAGUACCGAAGAAGAAGUUAAUCAUGCCAAAGAAAAAUUAAUUUUUUUACAAAAUGAAAAUAAAACAUUAAACAAUACAAUUUCUGACAUAUCAUCUGUUGCUAAUGAUAGAAAAUCGAAAAUUAAUAACCUGAAGGAAAAAUACGAUAUAUUAUUGGAUACUCAUGAAAACUAUAAAAGUUUAUGUCUUGAUGAAAUGAAUGAUCUCAGAAACGAAAUUGAACAAUUUAACCAAUCAGUGGUUUCACAUUACAGUAAUCAAUCUGAAUCAAUUGAACCUAAAAUUAUUAAUGAAAAGAUCCAUCAAUUUAAGAAAGAUUCUAUUAUUCUUAAAGAGACGAAUUUGUUGGAUGAAAACACUAUUCUUGAACAUCAAAUCAACACUAUAGCAGAAUCUCAAAAGAUGAAAUUUAUGCUAGAUUUAUUCAAAGUUGGUAUCAAUGUUGCCACACUCUAUAAUAAUCAAUCUGAAGAAACUAAAUUUAGUUUGCCAGAUCAUAUCAAAGAUUCUAAUAUCGCCGAAGCUUUAGAUAAAGAAUUAAAAUCAAGAGAUAAAAAAUCCCAUUUUAAUCCACAUCAAUUAAAACAACUACACGAGAGUCCAUUAUCCAAUAGAUCACCAGGUGAUUUUAGUCCAACUCUCGGAAGAACAAGGUUAACCCCUAUAAUGAAAUCGAGUUCACGUACCAAUUCAAUUGCUAACUCAAAUCCUAUGUCAAGCCCAGGAAAUAGCAACAAUAAUAAGAAUAGACGUAGUUUUUACUCAUCGAUGAGUGGAGGCCAACUACCAGGGACUCGUAUUGGAUCAAAUAGUACUUUACCUGGUAUGAGAAAGACCUCCAAAGAAAAGAAUACAUUUCCCUUAGCUUCAAGUGAACGAACUAAUAGAUCACCAUCUGAAACUAUCAAUCCAUUUACCAAUAGAGCCUCCAAACAACUUGAACAAAGGAACCGAUAA